AUGUCAUCAGAGCUUGAAUCUCAAUCUGCUCAAUCAAAAAUUGAUUUUUUAUUUGAGGAGCUAGAAAAGAAAAAUAAAAUAGACACCAGUAAUCUUAUUUCUGAAAAUGCUGAGCUCAGAGACAGAGUCACGAAAUUGGAACAGAAGCAGACACAAACUGAUAGCAUACAUGUAUUAGAAGAUUCCAUUCUCCACGAAGCAACAUUUGAUAUUUCAUCCAAUAUUUAUACAUACUCAUCCGAGCCUAAAUCAUCGGAAAAUAAAGAGAUCGAUGAGUUUCUGGAUUUUAAAAAGCUGAGUUCACAAUAUCACUCUAUAUCAAAAAAUAUUAAACCAGGACAGAUCGAAAUUUCCGAGAUGGCCUGUCCCAAAAAAUUUGAGGGCAUUGAUGGUUCUGUGAAGUGUAUUGUUAAUUCAUUUGACAUUAAUGGGGUAUCACAACAUUUAGCUCAUUUGUGUGAUACAGCCAUAGGCGCAGAAGAUCAAGCUUUGAGGCUAAUCAGGAAGAAAUCAUGUGCUGGUCUCUUUAUGGUAGGGAUUUUGAAUUUCAAAUACCUUGCAAAGAUAGGUUUAGAUAAAAUUAAACAUAUUAAGAACUAUAGUGCAAAUUCUAUCUCAGAACUUACUAAUGAUCAAAUUCAAGAAAUUAUUAAUCAUGGUUCAGAGAGCCAAAUCUCUAAUUCUCUGCUUGAAAUCACACCUGAAGUAUCUUCUGAAGAUAAUAUAAUUGAAAUUUUCAGGAUGGCCCAUCUUGAAAAAGCUUUAUUAGAAACUGAGAUAAAUGUACCAUCUGCAUCACGACCCAAGAAAGAUUUACCAAAAGCAGAGUUAGACCAUGAUGAUGAGGAAGAUGUAGAAG